GCGGUGGGGAGAUGAGCCGAGGAGGAGAGGAGAGGGGGUGGAGGAGAAUUGAGAGAAAGAGAUGGGUACCCGGUGGCGGUCGAGGGCUCAUUCUUGGGCCCAGUCCCUCCUCUUCCUCCUCCUCCUCGCCCUCCUCUGCGCCCCGGGGGCCCCACGCUCGGAGUGUCGCUCCUCCGGAGGCGAGGAGCGACCCGCACCGGGGAUCCAACCCGCAGCUGCAAUGGAACGUGGCUCUGAAUGCGGAUCGAGAGAGGAGAUACGCGCAGACGCAGUGGGAGCGGGCGUGGGAGAUGGAGAGAAGGCCGGAUCAGUGAUGGGGUCUCCUUCUCCUCUUCACCAUCGUCAGCAGCAGCAGCAACAUCGUCAUCGUUGUCGGUGUAGUCAUCAUCAUCAUCACCAUCGUCGCCAUCAGCAACAUUAUCAUAAUCACUGUAAUCAUUAUCAGCAUUGCAAUCAAAGCAGAUUUCAGCACCACCAUCACCACCUAAAUAACAGUUUUUAUACAAAAUACCAAAAUGCAACACUUUAUCAUCAUCAUUACCACCACCACCAUCGUCAUCAGAAUCAUCACCAGCCCCACCACCACCAAAAUGCUUCCAACUCAAUGACUAACUACCCCAAUCAAACCCACCACCAUCAUCAUCGCCAUCAUCGCCACCACCACCACCGCCAUCACCACCAUCGUCUCCACCACCACCACCACCACCGUCACCACCACGGUCUCCACAAUCACCGCGGGAGGCGCGCGAGGCGCCAGGCCCCCUUCUCGUGGCUUCCAGCUCGGCCGUCCAGCACCCUGGCGCCGUGGCAGCCCCCCAAACGCUGGGGUGCGGAAGAAGGCCCCCCUCAACCGGGCCCCUAUGCUCCCCACGACCCCCCAGACGCCGACGCCGGCUCGUAUUCCGAGGAUCGGGGUGCGAACUUUAGCGGCUUCAACUGGUCCAUCGUGUGGGGGCCAACGCUGCCCGAUGAGGAGAUCACGCAUCGCGCUCCGUAUCCGGGGCCCCGGUGGCGGCUCCAGCCCACGCAGGAAACCUGGCGGAGACUGCCGAUGGUCCCGACUCUGAGUCCCACUUCGGGCUGGGCGACGGAGGACAGGGUCCGCUCUCUCUACACCACGGCGCCUUACUCGUCCACCUCCUCGUCGUCCACCUCGUCGUCCGCCUCGUCGCCGACACUGUCGCCUGCGUGGACGAUCGCGGCGGCGUCGUCGUCGUCGUCGUCCGUGACCCCGUCGGGCGCCGUGAAGGGGACCCAGGAGCCUGGGGCCGGAACGAGGCGUGUGGAGCAGCCGAGCCGGGCGGGCGCCGGGUACAUGGAGGGGGGAGGCCUCACAUCGCGGCAGAGCAUCGCCCUCGUCGCUGUCGUUCUCAGCAUCGCGCUCGUCGCCUCCCUGGCUCUGCGUAUCCGCUCCCGAAUCGCCCCGCACGCCGAGUGGGAGACGGGGUGGAGGCUCCGCGUCCUCCCUCCACCUCACACGGAGUGGUCGCGCCUGAGCUGGCGACGCUGA